CGUUUCCUGUCGCUGCUUGGUAACAAUGGGGAAGAUAAUGGCUGCCUGAGCAACGUCUCCGAGCAGGCGCUGGGCUAGAGGCGGGUCUCAACCAGCGACUCAUCGGAGGCGGGCUUGAGAGCGGCAGUAGGGGAGGCGCGCAGGAGCCCCGGCGGCGGCGGCGGCGGCGGCAGCGGCCGGACCGACCGAGUCGGAUCCCGACACUAAAACCGAAGCAGAGAGUGAAGAAAACUAAAAUCCAGUUUAUUGUAUUACAAUACUAUGUCAUAACAGUCAGAUAAUUUUCCACUUGUUCAUCAAGAUGGAAAGCUCAGAUUCUAACGAUAAAGGAAGCGGUGAUCAGUCUGCAGCACAGCGCAGAAGUCAGAUGGACCGAUUGGAUCGGGAAGAAGCUUUCUAUCAAUUUGUAAAUAACCUCAGUGAAGAAGAUUAUAGGCUUAUGAGGGAUAACAAUUUGCUAGGCACCCCAGGUGAAAGUACUGAGGAAGAGUUGCUGAGAAGACUACAACAAAUUAAAGAGGGCCCACCACCACAAAACUCAGAUGAAAAUAGAGGUGGAGACUCUUCAGAUGAUGUAUCUAAUGGUGACUCUAUAAUAGACUGGCUUAACUCCGUCAGACAAACUGGAAAUACGACAAGAAGUGGGCAAAGAGGUAACCAAUCUUGGAGAGCAGUGAGCCGGACUAAUCCAAACAGCGGUGAUUUCAGAUUCAGUUUAGAGAUCAAUGUUAACCGUAAUAAUGGGAGCCAAAAUCCAGAGAAUGAAAAUGAGCUAUCUGCAAGACGUUCUAGUGGAGAAAGUAUGGACAACAACAGCCAAAGGCAAGUGGAAAAUCCACGAUCUGAAUCAACAUCUGCAAGGCCACCCAGAUCAGAACGAAAUUCAACUGAAUCAUUAACAGGAGAAGCCCCACCAACCAGAGGUCAGAGAAGGGCAAGAAGUAGGAGCCCAGACCAUCGGAGAACCCGAGCAAGAGCUGAAAGAAGUAGAUCACCUCUGCAUCCAAUGAGUGAAAUUCCACGAAGAUCUCAUCAUAGUAUCUCAUCUCAGACUUUUGAGCAUCCUUUGGUAAAUGAGACUGAGGGAAGUUCUAGAACCCGGCACCACGUGACAUUGAGACAGCAAAUAAGUGGACCUGACUUGCUAAGUAGAGGUCUCUUUGCAGCUUCUGGAACCAGAAAUGCCUCACAAGGAGCAGGGUCUUCAGAUACAACUGGCAGUGGUGAAUCUACAGGAUCAGGCCAGAGACCUCCAACCAUAGUCCUUGAUCUUCAAGUAAGAAGAGUUCGUCCUGGAGAAUAUCGGCAGAGAGAUAGCAUAGCUAGCAGAACUCGUUCAAGGUCUCAGACGCCAAACAACACUGUCACUUAUGAAAGUGAACGAGGAGGUUUUAGGCGUACGUUUUCACGUUCUGAGCGAGCAGGUGUGAGAACCUAUGUCAGUACCAUCAGAAUUCCGAUUCGUAGAAUCUUAAAUACUGGUUUAAGUGAGACUACAUCUGUUGCAAUUCAGACCAUGUUAAGGCAGAUAAUGACAGGUUUUGGUGAGUUAAGCUACUUUAUGUACAGUGAUAGUGAUUCAGAGCCUAGUGGCUCAGUCUCGAGUCGAAAUAUGGAAAGGUCAGAGUCACGGAAUGGAAGAGGGGGUUCUGGUGGUAGUAGCAGUUCUGGUUCGAGUUCCAGUUCAAGUUCCAGUUCUAGUUCCAGUUCUAGUUCCAGUUCCAGUCCUAGUUCCAGUUCCAGUGGUGAAAGUUCAGAGACUAGCUCAGAGGUAUUUGAAGGCAGUAAUGAAGGAAGCUCAUCAUCAGGCUCAUCAGGUGCCAGGCGAGAGGGUCGACACAGGGCCCCAGUAACAUUUGAUGAAAGUGGCUCUUUGCCCUUCCUUAGUCUGGCUCAGUUUUUCCUCUUAAAUGAGGAUGAUGAUGACCAACCUAGAGGACUCACCAAAGAACAGAUUGACAACUUGGCAAUGAGAAGUUUUGGUGAAAACGAUGCAUUAAAAACCUGUAGUGUUUGCAUUACAGAAUACACAGAAGGCAACAAACUUCGUAAACUACCUUGUUCCCAUGAGUACCAUGUCCACUGCAUCGAUCGCUGGUUAUCUGAGAAUUCUACUUGUCCUAUAUGUCGCAGAGCAGUCUUAGCUUCUGGUAACAGAGAAAGCGUUGUGUGAUUAAGGUCUGAACUCUCAGCUAUGUAGCUGGUAUAGUGAUGGGCAAACAGGAAUCACUUGCUUUAUGUCCACUUUUUGAGUGGUGCUUAAAUGUAAAGUAGCAACCUGAAUUGAGUCAUUGCUUUCUGAAUGAAUCAUUGUCCUUUCUCUAAUUUCUGUUCCAGAAUAAAAGGAAAUAUUUAAAAAGCAACAUUUUAGGACAUAAAAAUCUGAUUUCAGUAUCAGUAAUUGUUAUUACUGAUGAUUUAUCAUAUAUAGUUGUCAGUUUCUCCUUUGUUAUCUUAAAAGAUCUGCCUUAGCAAUGGCUCUUAUCUGUUUCAUGUUGAUCUUUAAAGUUUCCUAUGCCAUAGGAAAGAGGGGUGAAGGAAAUUCCCAGUUUAGACUAAGUUACAGUACAUGUUUCCUAAGUGAUUGCUUAAAGCUAUACUGUUCCCAGUUAUUAGUUGGCACAAAUUCACCUACAUUCUGAAUAUCAUUUGUUCACGUUUCAGACAAGGUGAUAUUGGACAUGUCAGUGUAAAUAACACUAAGGUUAGGAUCUUCUAAGUGUAUAACUGUCUCCUAAGCCCAUCACUGUGGCACACUUGUAGAGUGAGCUUAUAGUUUAAUUGAGAUAUUUAUCUUGUGGAAAUAUUAAAAAAAAAGCCUAUGCUUGUGUAAGUGAAAAAAAAUCACAUUCAUUUGUUUAAAAAUGUAAAGCUAUUUUGUAGAGGCUCAGUACUUUUCCAAUGCACUGUUGUAUUAAUGCAUUAAAAAUUGUAAAGUACCAUGCUUAGAAAUGAAAAAACUGCUUUUUGUGAGCCAACAUAGUAAAAAAAACACACCAAACGAAGUACAAAGCUGCUUUUGUAAGUGUGUAGAUGUAAGAGCAGAACAUAUCUAUGAUAUUUAAUGUAUGUGAACAGCUACUGUGACAUGCAAAGGAAAGGACAGAGUGCAGAAUUUAACUGCAUUGAAGAUCAGUGGAAAUUGUUUAUUUUAACUUGGAUUUAGGCAGGAAAUGAAAAACAGGAGGAGUAAAGAAAACUGCUUGGAAGAACUUAAACUUUUCAUGAAGACAGUAGUCAUACAGAUGUGAGUGAACUGGUUUCAUAUGGUGAGAUCCCGGACACAGUAUUCUACUUGAGCAGAUGAUGCAAAUUUGGCAGAGCUUUGGUUUAAGGAAAGCAAACCACUACCCCUUAGCACAAGUUACACUGAUGUCUUUUACAAGUCUGCUCCUCAAAAAAAAAACCCAAAAAGCAAAAGAUGGAGCAAAGAGACUAUAAACCACUUUUAGCAUAGGAAUUGAAGUUGGUGCAGAUGUGUGUACUAAUAGGAAAGUCUCAAAUUUGCAUUGUUUUCGAGAUUUGUCAUUCAAGGUACCAGUGCCCACUUAUUUAAUGUUUUGUUACUAUCUCUCUAACACAGACCUAACAUCUCACAUUUAAAGACAAGGUGAAGAAUUAAGGGAUUUUUAUUCUUUGUGGAAAGUGAGUCGUGUUGGGUUAUUUGAAGUUGAAAUUUUAAAUGUGCUGCCCAUAUUUGAAGAUGAGAAUGCUGACUCACAAAUCUAUGGGAUAUGCACUUUAUGUUGUUUCCUUAGUAAGCUUUGUGAAGAACCCCAGUUCUCUUGCCAACUUUCUCUUGAGGCUCGUUGGGGUUAGGAUUAGUCUGACUGUGGAGGACUGUCUUUUGUUUUUCUGGGAAAAGCUAAUGGGCCCAAAGAGGGAUUGAACACAUCCUUGGCCUUUAACAAAGUGAGCUAAUUACCCAGGCCUAGUCAGAUACUCUACAAAAUAAACAAGUCUGCUUUAGAAAUUAUCUGGCCACCUUAACUGUUAUCAACUCAGCUGUAAAGAUUACUUCAAAGCUCAUUCUUUCAUAUUUUCCUCUGGCUUUCAAUCCUACCUAAGUAUCAAGGAAGUUAACUUGUAAAUAUGGUAGUUGUUUACUAAGGAUAUGUACUGCUCUUGCAAGGAAAUAAUGUCCAAACAAAGCUUCACUUAUUUUUUUUUAAAUAUAAGCAGAUUUCACUGUUUACGGCGCUUAUGUAAUACAUUUUAUCUUUAAAAAAAAUUGUCCAUGUAAAAGUCAGGAUUCCUUUAUAUUUUGUGAGCCAUGUCUCCUUUCCUAAGGGUGUAUUCUUUGGUUUUCAGAUCUGCAGGGUAGUCCUGAUUGGCUAAAAAGAAACCCAGUUUCCUCUUGGUAUAAAAUGUCCCAUUCUUAUAUAGGGGUGUUCAUUUUAAAUAGUUUAAAAACAACUGCAUCACAUUCUAAGCAUAAAAGAAAGUUAUUAACAGGUUCCUUCCUAACCUCCCAAGAUGUAUUUUACUCAUUUGUGAAGUAUUAAAGAGGUAACUCAUGCAGAAUGCUGGUUAUGAAUGUAGAUAUUGAAGCUAUUCAUAAACACUGGAAAUAGAAUUUUAAGUUUUUAGCCUUCAGUAGGAUGCACAUAUUGGACAUGUGCAUGUGGAAACCUUUUUCAGUAGCACUCAUUAAUUUCCAUUGGAUUAUGUAGAAUGGAUGCAAAUAUUUUAGUGGAAUUUACUACUUGAUUUUUUUUUUUUUUGCAAGGUCCAUGACCAAUAUGUACUUACUAGUAUGGACAUUGAAGACAAGGUCAUUUGUAGGUGUCAGAUGUACAUUGGAGAACAAAAAAUCUUUUUUCCCACCGGCAUCCAAACACCUGUUCUCUUGAGGAAGCAUUUUCUUGCAAAAGACUUUACAUUUCAUUUUGUAUUUUUGCACUUUUUCUUUAUUACAGAAAGGUUCUGUCUUGAGGACCUAGUUUGAACUUCAUGCAAUAAUAGGAACAAGAAAAACAAUGUUGGGAUUACAUUGUUCAAGGCAUAGGGAAAAGUAUUAAAAAUGGAACUUCCUUGAAUAUUUCAGAUUAUUUUUUUAAAUUCACUUACUAAAAAAAAAAUUCAUUUACUAGUCUGAAACGUUUGAGGUGUUAUGUUUAACUCCAAGCAGUUGACAUGAUUGAGAUUUAUUAGUACUAAAAACAAAAUUGAACAAGUUAGCUUUAAAGUUUGCAGACUUUAUCGGUAGCAACACUAGAAGAUGAGCCAUAUUCUUAAUUUGGAAUAUUUGCUCUAAAAAGAACACAUUAGUUAUACCUCAGUGGUGUUGAUGGAGGUGGGGAUUGAGAAAAGUGUUCACAUUAGUGUUGGAGUAUAGGUAAUCAGUUGUACAGUUAACAACGACAAAAAAACGCUUAGCACCAGGAUUUUAUAUAUAUAUGUAUGUGUGUGUGUGUAUAUAUAUAUAUAUAUAUAUAUAUAUAUAUAUAUGUAUAAAAUCUCUAAAAACAUGAUUGUUGGAGUUCAUCCAAACUUUAAGAUUAGGAAACUAUUAGCUAUAAGUGUUACCUCAAGUAAUUUUUUUUCCCUGGGAAAACAUGUUCAUUCCGUGCCAAGUAUUCUCUCCUAGUGUCCGUGUCUCAAAUUAUAUUUAUGAAGGGUUAUCACUUAAUAUACUUUGUAUUUAAUCACCUGUUUCCCAGAUGUCCACGACAUAAAAUGGGUCAAGCAUCAG